GACGACUGUCUACACGAGCUCGGAAUCCUCAGAAACUGUAUCAACUCUUCUUUGUUUCCUACUUCCGAAUCACCCACUUCAACUACGCUGCCUUACUACAAGCCAUAAAGGAUGAGGCCUGUAUCGUCGCUCUCUUACAGGUCUGCCCAGCGCUUCCCUGUGGUCAGCUGCAUUAGGACUUACGCUUCUAAUUCCAAACCUGCCGUCCCUUCUGCUUCAACUGCAUCAGGAGGCCCACAAGCACCCUUAGAAUACUGCUCUUCCCUUGUUAAAAAGAUGGAUCCUGAGGCUUGGCUGUGCUCUUAUUUUUGGCCAAGGAGAGAAAAAGCAUGGUGGCUCGCCUGGCGAGCUUUCAAUCUGGAGCUGCACUCCAUAAGCGCUAAUGUUAGCCAGCCUGCAUUAGCAUCCAUUAGAUUUCAAUUCUGGCGAGACGCCCUCAAGGGUAUCUUUGCCGCAAAUCCUCAGAACCAAAUCGUUCCUCAACAUCCUGUGGCCGUGUUAUUAGCCGACAUGAAGAAACAUAGACCUGUGCAGAAAUACUACCUCAACCAGUUGAUUGAUGUCAGGGCAAAAGCUCUUUCUCUUCCGCCAGCAGCAGUUUCUCUCGAAUCUCAUCUAUCAAUCAACUCCCCUCUUUCAACUUCUCUUUUGUUGGGCCCUCUGCCGAUCCUUCUUCCUCCAACCCAUGCUUCAUCAGCCCAUAUCUCACACACUCUUUCUCACGUUUCUACCCUCUUGGCUGUUGUGUCGCUCCUUCGCAAUCUCCCUAUUUUGAUUUCUCAAAAGAAGCAAAUCAGCAUCCCUGCUGAUAUCUGCGAGAAGUACGGGAUUGUUGAGGAGGAACUGUUCAGAAGAGGAGCGGAAGCUAAAGGGUUCAGGGAUGCUUGCUGGGAGAUUGGUACUCGAGGGAUGGAUGAAUUAAUCACUGCGAGAAGAGACUUGAAGGAGACUGGUGGCAAGGUCGUACCGAGCAGCGUUAUGCCUAUAUUUCUUUCAGCGGUAGCGCCGGAAAAUUACCUCAAGCGUCUCGAAAAGUACGACUUUGACGUAUUCCAUCCCGAUAUUCAAAAGCAUGACUGGCAACUCGCACCCAAGAUCUGGUACAGAUAUCAAACAGGAAAGCUUUAAACUUACUUCCGACCUGCGGACAAACCUCUCAAUUCAUUCCAUAAGUAUAUGCAUCGCAUUUUGUUUCCGAUGAUGCUACACUAUGAGGGUGAUCACUUGGCUUUUAUCAUUUCAACAUCUCCGUCACCCCAUGAAUUGAGGAGAAGGUCUUUGAAUGCCUGCAUUCAUCAUCUGCCAACAUUGAAGACCGCUGGUUGGGAAGGGAUAAUGAUAAAGGAACAACGUGAUCGAUUGUUAGCAUUGAUAAUGGGAACAUAAGCAGCUUGAUCCCAUCAGCACAUCGUCAGUUGAAACGUCUCCUUGUAUUAUACCAUCCAGGACUCUCAGAUCCUUUUUUCCCUUGUUAUGGCGCCCCGCUCCGGCCAAUGUACAAUCUCCAUCUCUCCCAUUUCACGAUCUUCGGCAAGGCUAUUCGGAUGUCUUCAAUUUGUUUUGAGCUGGAUUGAGGGUGUGUCGGACAAACCUUGGGGCCACUACGUUGAAACGGCUUGAAUUGCAUGGGUCUGCGUGCACGGUAUGAAAAAUUUUGAUCAAUGAGAUCAAAAGACGCACCAGCUGUUUAAUGGUCUUGGCGAAAUAAUCUGGAUUGGCCCUUGAUUCAAUUUCUAGUAACAUCUCUCCCUGAUACGAUUGAUAUCCCGGAUCAGAAGGAUCAGGAAGAACGACUGGGUAUUUUGGGCUUUUGAGUUUGCCUGGUUAAUCAGAAUAAAAUUGCUAUUAAACAUGAUAUUAUAAUGGUUGAAGAGUAGUAUUCUCGUAGGAAGUAGAAUACAAAUAAAGAUCAUGCCACUGCGCUUUUUGAAGAACACAGCUACAAAUUCUGAGUCUGCUUCUGGUAGAUCAACAGCGUACGAG